AAGGUCACUGCCACUGCAAGUCGUAGCAGUAGAAAGUUAAAAGAGUCCAAUAGAACAUUUUGACUAGUUAAGAAGAAACUGGUGAUAUUAACUAUGAGAGCUUUUCACUUCGUACUAAUUGCCCUUUUCCUGGCACCGGCUUUAAUUGAUGCCAAUGCCAAUUCGGCCUACAAACGACCAUAUCGUCCCAUUGAUUCUCUACGUCCCUACAGACCAAAUCGUCCAUUAUAUCGCCCUAACACAAUUAACCGAUAUGCACCUGAUUGUAGCCGUUAUGUUAAUGUUGCCUUCCUACCAGAUCAACGUAGUUGUUCUAAUUUCUACAUGUGCAUUGAUGGUCGCGCCAUACGCAAAGAAUGUCCAAGAGGUUUCUAUUUCGAUACCUUAACAUAUCGUUGCAAUUUCGCACCUUUUGUAAAUUGUGAUUUAAAUCGCAAUCCAUACAAUGUACAUGUACCAAUCGAGGAUACAACAUGUGAACCAGAAGAGGAACCAAUUACUCCACCUUGUGAACCAGAGGAAGAACAAACUACACCACCUUGUGAACCAGAGGAUGAAACAACUACACCACCUUGUGUACCAGAAGAGGAAACAACUACACCACCUUGUGAACCAGAAACUUUACCACCAACACCACCACCUUGUGAGCAAGAAACUACAACCACAACUCCCUGCACCACAACUACUACCACGACUACUACUACCACAACAACUACUACCACCACCACUACUACUACUACUACUACCACCACCACCACCACCACUACUACUACUACCACCACAACUACAACAACCACUACAACUACAACAACAACUACUACCACAACUACAACGACAACUACUUGUGCCACAACUACUCCAACUCCUUGCACCGAACCUGAAACUACUACCCCACCAUGCGAAACUACAACAGUUUGCAUUACAACAACGCCCUGUGCGAAUGCAGAUUCCGCACCAAUAUUGCGUAGUCAUGCCGAUUGUAUGUAUGAAGAAGACGGUACAUAUCUCUUAGAUGCAAACCAUUGUCGUCGUUACUAUGUUUGCGUAAAUAAUGCUGUCCGCACCCUCAAGUGCCGAUAUGGUCAAUGGUUUGACUAUGAACAGGGUACUUGCCGCAACCAACGAUAUGUCAGAAAUUGUCCAGCCCAACGUUCCUAAAUGAUGCGAUGCAACGAUUACAAUACUCGACGUUACGUUUUAACUAACUGUUAAUAGUUUCCAUAAAAAUUUAGUUCUCAUAUUAAUAUUCCUUACACAUAUGUGCACAUAUGCGUUCAACUAAGAGAUUCUAUAGAUUUUGUGAAAUUCUUUCCAAUAAAUUUUAGUGGCAUUAAAUUAUA